UUAUGGACGUAAACAGAGUAGAAAGUUGUAAAGGUGAAAGUUAGGUAAUUAUUCCAAUUUAAAAAAGAAAAAUAACAACCAACAUAUUUCCCUUGUAAACCAUUAAGCUUCCCCCCGCCAGGCUCCUAGUUUUAUUUAAGUGUUACACGGCAGCGACCAUUUACACCAACUUACUCUCGCACUUUGAGAAUGCGCGAGACAGUUAGCAUUAGCCAGCUAGCGGCGUGGUGGUAGAAGCGACCAGAGACGAACAGAAAGGGGGUUUUUUUUCCUUAAAAUUUGGCCGUUUACACUUGACACUCGCUCCAUGUAGAAGGUGUAUGAUUUCCUACACGAUGCCCGUGAUCCUGUUUCUGAUAGACACGUCUGCCUCUAUGAACCAGCGCUCCCAUCUGGGCACUACCUAUCUGGAUAUAGCCAAAGGUGCCGUUGAGACUUUCCUGAAGCUCAGGAGUAGGGAUCCGGCGAGCAGAGGAGACCGAUACAUGUUGGUUUCUUUCGAGGACGCUUCUGUUGGAAUCAAGGCUGGGUGGAAAGACAGCCACGCCACUUUAAUGACUGAACUAAGAACCCUGCAAGCUGUUGGGCUAACGACGUUCGGCCAGUCUUUAAGGAUUGCUUUCGAUUUGCUCAAUCUCAACAGAUUAGUUUCCGGGAUAGACAAUUAUGGACAGGGUAGGAACCCAUUCUUCUUGGAGCCUGCUGUUAUUGUGGCAAUUACAGAUGGCAGCAAGCUGACCAGCACUUCUGGGGUGCAAGAUGAGCUGCAUUUGCCCUUAACGACACCAUUGCCAGGAAGUGAACUAACUAAGGAGCCAUUCCGCUGGGACCAGCGCCUUUUCUCAUUGGUGCUCCGCAUUCCAGGUUAUGCUUCUCUAGAGCCAGAACUAUUAGGUGGAGUUCCACCUGAUGCCUCCCCCAUUACCCCCAUGUGUGAGGUCACAGGAGGCCGUUCAUAUAGUGUGUUCUCCCAGCGCAUGCUGAACCAGUGUCUGGAGUCUUUGGUCCAGAAGAUUCAUAGUGGUGUAGUCAUCAACUUUGAGAAAACAGGGCCAGACCCACCUGAAGAUGUUUCAAUGGAGGUGAAAUCUGGACCACAGCCAUGGCAUAGCUGUCAUAAGUUGAUUUAUGUCCGGCCGAACCCUAAAACUGGCGUCCCUGUUGGUCACUGGCCCAUUCCUGAAUCCUUCUGGCCUGACCAGAACUCUCCUACUCUGCCUCCACGCAUGGCCCAUCCUCAGGUGCGGUUCUGCUGUGCAGAAGCCGAGCCUAUGGUGGUGGAUAAGGUUCCCUUUGAUAAAUACGAGCUGGAGCCCUCGCCCCUUACACAAUACAUCCUGGAGAAGAAGUCCCCACUCACCUGCUGGCAGGUGUUUGUAAGUAACAGUGCUAAAUAUGGUGACCUGGGGCAGCCAUUUGGCUAUCUGAAGGCAAGCACUGCUCUCAACUGUGUCAACCUGUUUGUUAUGCCCUACAACUACCCCGUCGUGCUCCCCCUCCUCGAUGACUUGAUUAAAGUGCACAAAUUCAAGCCUACCGUGAAAUGGCGCCAGUCCUUUGAAAACUACCUGAAGACCAUGCCUCCAUACUACAUCACACCCCUAAGGAAAGCAUUGAGGAUGAUGGGAGCUCCAAAUUUAUUGGCUGACAGCAUGGAGUAUGGAUUAAGCUACAGUGUGGUGUCCUAUUUGAAGAAACUCAGCCAACAGGCAAAGGUGGAAGCAGACCGUGUAUGCUCACUGGUUGGGAAGAAGGCAGGGCUGGAGGGAGGUGGAAUUAAGCUACGCUGUAGAGGCUCUGCCCUUUCAAUGGCUCACAGGAAAGACUUCACGCAGCUGCUCCAGAGCAUCAUGGGAGACGGACCAGCUUUGCCCCUGGAGUCCAACCCCAAAGAGUUCUCAGGGUUUCAACUCACUGUUCUCAAUAAGGCCCUGAAGCCACAGGGGUUGCGUAACCCUUAUGAUGUACCCAGAGUGCACCUGCUAGACCAGCUAAGCCGCAUGAGGCGGAACCUUCUGAAUGCUUGUGUUUGUGUCCUGAGGGGUCAGGAUCAAGAUCAACUUCACAGUGUGCCUAUUGCACAGAUGGGCAACUAUCAGGACUUUCUGAAACAGUGCCCCGCCCCCUUGCGGGAAGUGGACCCGGACCAGCCCAAAAGGCUGCACACUUUUGGCAACCCCUUUAAGCUGGAUAAGAAGGCAAUGAUGGUUGAUGAAGCAGAUGAGUUUGUGACGGGCACUCAGGGGAAAGGCAAGCGCCCUGGAGAGCCCACUACUCCUACAGGAGGGAGUGCCCCCAAACGCAGGAGAUGCAUGUCCCCCCUACUGCGACCUGGACGAGCAUAUACACCACCCAAUAAUAAGGCAUCCAGAGAAAACCACCAGUCUAGCCAGCUCGAGCUAGACUGUAUCCCAGAUAUGGAGCCCUCUCCCAAACCAGAGCAGGCUCUGGACUCUCCGCAGGGAGUCUCUCUUGAGGUGGAUGAAGAGGAAGCCCAGCAGGAGAACGGCCAGCCGGGUGAACAGGAGCCAGAAGAACAUGAGCUGGUCACUCUGCGCUACCCGUCACCCAACCAGCUGAAGCAAAGGAGGAAAGACGAAGGCCAAGAGCUGAACACGGAGCUCCGUGCCCUCAUUACCAAGGAGAUCAGGAAACCAGGAAGACGUUAUGAGAGAAUCUUCUGUCUCCUGAAGCAGAUCCAGGGCAGUCUAGAAACACGGCUCAUCUUCCUACAGAACGUCAUCAAAGAGGCAGCCAGGUUUAAAAAGAGAGUCCUGAUUGAGCAGUUGGAGAGUUUUCUAGAAGAGAUCCACAUAAGAGCCAACAACAUGAACCAUGUGGACGGCUUCUGAACACACCCCACCCCCCGGAAUGAUGCAGUGGCAUGCAGACAUAGUGGAAUGACACCAACACACUGUGUUGGUCAACCUCAAGGCACGGGCAGUGGAAUAUUAUUCUGAACUUAUUUCUCAUUUUCCUUUCUUGCACUUCUCUACUUUUUCAUCCCCCAUGUCUCCACCCCCCUUCACACUGUAGUUUUCUCUCUCGCUCCCCUUUUUGAAUCCAAAGAGAAAUUGGUUUUCUUCAUAUAUUCCACAGAACAUUUGGCCCAGUAUUUGCCAAAAUAGUUGGCAUCUAUCACAGAAAAAUCUGCAGACGAGUGCAAUGCAGAACUGGUACUGAGGAGGGCAGAAUGCUAUUCAUUUGAAUGAUAUUACUCCUCUUGUUAAUGAUGGCUUACUUGCCUGGAUAAGAAUUCAGAACACAAAAUCAAACUCACAUGAUUACAUAAAGGAUAGUAAUCACAGAUUCCACCAUCCAAAUUUGUUUUGUCUUCAAAGUUUGAUUUCUUUGAAAGGAGUUUUUGCAAAACAUUUUCCCCCUCUAUGUAAGAUGUGAUGGUAUUUAUAAAAGGCUACAUGAGUUUAACUGUCUUUCCCACUCCAGCACACCUGGGUGGGUAUAAGCUGAUGGCCUGAAUGGAGUUUAUUCAAAUUGGCUCACAGGACUUUGCAGUGCUGGAAUCUUCCAGGACAAGAGAUGUACCCUAAAGUUAUUCUUUAAUUUUACCUUUAACAAAAUGUAAUGACACUGAUAUCAAGAAUUGUUUGCUCUCUGUACUGUUGGUUUGAGGUAUUUGGCUUCCAAUUCUAGUGUGGGUAAGAUUUAUUACACUUUUAUACUCUAAAACUAGACCAGGGUAGGACAAAGUAUAAUGGUCUACAUUCGGUCACAGAAGGCCAAAGCUUCCGUAAGGUUAUGCUUUGGAAACUUUUGUGCAAUAGAACGAUAAGAUACUCUGGUUAAAGGAAUUGGAUUUAGGGGAUUCAAAUUAAUACAGAUUGUCCUCCCAUCUUAAAUAUAAUUGAUCAGAUUUUGCUUGUUUAAUUUUAUAGUGGAUCUACAGAAUUGAUUAGGCCAAGAAAUUGAAAGCUUAUGACCACUAAAUUAGCAUCAAACUACAUUGAGAGAUUCUUGCAAAUUUGACCAUUCCAGUCUUACACUCCCCAGUCUUACUCUCCCUAGCCAUCCUCUUCACAUAAAACAAUCCCCUGCCUCAACCCUUUACAAGGACCAAAUGUUUUCCGUACUAAUCUUCUGACUCCCUUGAAGUAAUAUUUUGAGUACAUUGUAUACAUUUACAUUGUAUAAAUGUAAAUAAUUAAAUUGAAAGUAUUAUUUAAAGGAUGUUUCUUGCAAGUUUUUUUGUAAGUAUUUCAAUGAAUAAAGUUUCUAUUUUACA